AUGCCGGAGAUGCGCGCAGAGCUACCCGGGCUAUACUGCUCCUUCUGCAAAAUCCUGCAUCCCGCACAUCUGUUCUCGGAGACCGAGCAAUGGAAAAGGGACGAUGAGAGGAUGUGCAUCAACAUCACCGGCACAAUGAGGUUCUGUCCUCACGCGAAGAUGUCGAUGACGGAUAUUUGGCAGUACUUCGAAAGUUAUUGCGAUGACGAGAUGGCAACAAAUCCAAUUUUCACGAGGGCGUGUCAUGUCUGUGUUUUCGAGUUGCCGGAAGAGUUCAGCUACAACAAGGCUGAAGAGAACACGGUAAAUCCCACCUUUACUUUCAACUAUUGCGGGAAACGACAGUCCUAUGACUACGCAAGGCUCGACAUCGAGUGGACCUUGCCUGUCGCGGCGAUGCAUCCCGGUGACGAGAAUGGGGUCACGGUGGCUACCAUGCGAGAGAAGCUGCAAGAUUUUGACCGGACACGUGAGGACAUCAUUUGCUCACAUGCCGUAAGGGAGGACAUCUUGACAGCACUGGUGUCUGCGAGUGGAGAUGUUGAUGGAGACGUGUAUCCCGUGGAGUGUGGAGGCUGUGAUACGGAGUACUUUGCUGAGAAGCAUGACGAUUUUGUCUUUUUGCGAAGAGAGACACUGUGCGUUGUGAGGAAAGAUGAUGGUAACAUGCCGGUUUUAGAUCGUUGCAGUGGUCUGGUUCAGGUUGAGUAA